AUGUGGAUGGGACAGACAAGAGCUCUUGCACAGGAUGAGAUUGAAGAGUUACGUGUAGCUUUUGUAGAGUUUGAUAAAGACAAGGAUGGUUUCAUUACCUGUAAGGACUUGGGGAACCUGAUGAGGACCAUGGGUUACAUGCCAACUGAAAUGGAGCUCAUUCAACUGAGUCAGAACAUCAACAUGAAUUUGGGGGGACGUGUGGACUUUGAAGAUUUUGUGGCACUAAUGACCCCCAAACUUCUGGAUGAAACUGCAGGGAUGAUUGGGUUGAAGGAACUUAAAGAUGCAUUUAGAGAGUUUGACUUAGAUGGUGAUGGUGCUAUCACAUCUGAUGAGCUGAGAAAUGCCAUGAUAAAGUUAUUAGGAGAACAAACCAGCAGAAAUGAAAUUGAAGCAGUGGUCAGAGAAGCUGACAACAAUGGGGAUGGAACAGUUGACUUUGAGGAGUUUGUGAAAAUGAUGUCGCAGAAAUGA